AUGCGCCGGAAUGAGCCUGCCGUGAGAAUGGCGGCAAUGAAACUCGACCUAGUGUCACAAAUUAACCUAUACCGGCAGAGGAAUCUGCGAAAACUAGCUGAGGGUAGCCUCCCCAAACAGGAAGACUCGGUCGCGAAAGCGAUCUGCCGGCCUGUAUCGGAUGUGCUCGGCGCGGUGCUCAGGGCCGGCGUCUGCGCUCUGCACUGGGUAGGUCCGGAAUCCAAGCCCAGCGAGCCCCGACCGGACCCUGAAGGGAGGAACACAACUCCCGAUGAGAUGAGCGCCUCGAAAUUCGACGUAGACCGCGCUUUGAGGGCACUGAAAAAACUCAAGAACGGCAAGACUCAACUGUCGAGUGCGCAGCAACGAGCAACGUAUUCGACACUGGUCUGGAGCAGAAUGGAAGCGAGGCCGAUGGCCGCCGCAGGCUAUAUAACCGCUCGUCGACACGGUUUUACUCCGCUUACCCAGUCUGCCGACGCUGCUUGCAGCGGUGCGUUAUUAUGCCGGCCGGAGGUACACUCGCAGCGCAGAGGAUUCACGGGCGGCAGUAAUGGCAACCGCAGGAUGAACCAAAACGCGGUGCCAGCUGACCGGUUCUCGAGGGUUGCUAACAUCGCAGGGCUCAUGUUGAAUGUGGCUUCCACGACUGCGAAGCAGGCCGUGCAGCGCUACAUGCAGGGGGAGAGGGGCAACGUUAUACAGCAGGCUAUGGCAAGCGAAGAGAACGUAAAGCUGCUCGUCGAUUGCCUCUGUAAAAUGCGGGGAACGGCGCUUAAGUUCGGACAGCUGCUCAGCUUGCAGUACGGCAUACUGCCUGAGAGCAUCAGGCGGGCCCUUGUCGAUGUCAGACACAGAGCCGAUGUCAUGCCCGAAGAACAGGUGACGCAGAUACUCCGGAACGAGUUCGGCGACGGGUGGCAGGACAAGUUCGAAAUGUUCGACCUGCACCCGAUGGCCAGUGCGUCGCUGGGGCAGGUGCACAGCGCAAUUAUAAAGGACGGAAGGCGGGUUUGCGUCAAAGUGCAAUUCCCCGGUGUCGCCGACUCAAUCGACAGCGAUGUCGCAAACCUCAUCUUCAUAUGCACCAAGACGAACCUCAUACCCAAAAACUUCUUUAUCAAACAGUUUGCAAGGGAGCUUAAGGUCGAGCUCACAACGGAAUGCGACUACGAAAAUGAAGCCCGUUUCUACAAAAUAUUCAAGCAGCUGCAACUGGAGGGGUUUGCGGUUCCAGAUGUGAUUGAUGAGCUGUCAACAAAAAGGAUCAUCACGACCGAGUUCGUACCCGGGGUUCCGGUAGAGGAUUGCAAGCACCUUCCGCAGCACGUCAGAGACUCCAUCGGAGAUAGAUUGUUACGCCUUUCGCUUUCCGAGCUGUUCAUAUUCGGCCUUAUGAACACGGACCCCAACCCUAGCAACUACCUCUACGACGAAAAGACGGACCUCAUCGGACUCAUAGAUUUCGGAUCAUGCAGAUCGUUUAACCCGGCAUUUGUGGAAGAGUACUCCAAGCUGGUGCUCGCCUCAGUGGAUGAGGACACAGAGAAGAUUGUAUCGCUCUCCAGGUCGCUGGGGUUCCUUGGCAGCGAAGACACCGAUGAGAUGGUGCGACACCACGUGGAGUCAGUGCUCAUCACCGGGAAGCCCUUCCGCCAUGAUGGAAGGUUCGACUUCAGAACGUACGAUAUCAUACAACAGUGCCGCGACAAGGCGUCAAUCAUACUCAAGAUCAGGAAGCAGCCACCACCACCGGAGGUGUACUCCCUGCACAGAAAGUUGGCCGGAUGCUACGUCAUCUGCCAGCUUAUCGGCGCACACGUGGACGCCAAGAACAUAUUCGCCACAAUCGCACAGGCGCUUUAA